GUGUGACUUGGAAGAAGAAGCACUGCUUCUUGCAAUAUUAUUGGAUGAAGAUGAUAAUAAUAGACAACGAAGAAAAAGGCGGAAUGUUUGGGUGCACGAAAUUAACAAAAAACGUAAAGAAGAAGGCGAAUUUCAUAAGUUAUACUAUGAACUCCGGAAAUAUGCAAAGCGAUUAUACACAUAUUUUAGAACGGACUGUGAAAGUUUUGAUGAAAUAUUGAAUCUCAUCAGGGACGACAUUACAAAAGAGCAAACUACAUUUAGAGAACCGAUUGGGGCAACAGAACGACUAGCAGUUACAUUGAGGUUUUCAGCUACUGGCGAUUCAUAUAAAACAAUUGGUCACAGCUUUCGAUUAGGAUUUUCAACCGUUGCCAUAAUUGUGGAAGAAAAAGCAAUAUGGGAUAGAUUGCAGCCAAUUUAUAUGCCAGAGCGCACAAAAGAGUUAUGGGAUAAAUCAAUUUUGGGCUAUGAAAACUUGUAGCACUUUCCCAAUUGUUUAGGAAGUAUAGAUGGAAAGCACGUGACCACCAAGUGUCCAAAAAAGCGGAUCAAAUUACUUUUGUUACUUAAAAAAGUUUUCAAUUGUACUUAUGGCAGUUGUUGACUCCGAAUACAAAUUUACUUAUAUAGAUGUAGGUGCAUAUGGUAAAAACAGUGAUGGAGGUAUUUUUGAGGCGUCAGAAGAUUUGAAAAUUGCACAUUUGAUAUUUCUCAAGAUAGGCCUUUACCCGGCGAAAAUGAUGAAGUUCCAUGUGUUUUGAUAGGCGAUGAAGCUUUUACCUUAAGUACUUACUUAAUGAGACCAUUUCCCUAUAGUGACCUAGCCUGCGUAUUGCAUAACUUUUUACGGGAAAAAAUAUUGACGAACAAUUUCUUCAUGUACAACAAAAUAACGAUAGGCCAGUACAAAUACAAGCAUGCUAAAACAUUCCAGUUGAAGGAAGGAGAGUGUUCAACCUAACUUUUACCAUUCGUGAAAAAUUUGUCACUCAUUUCAGUAAUUUAUAAACCCAAUCA